UCAUUCCCGAUUGAAUUGUUCCCCAAUGGCACAAUAGUAAUUACCAUUCAAUGUGCCGGUCAAUUAACUCGCUCUCGAUGGUGUGUUGUGAGAUCAAAGUCUCGCAGAUCAGCUUUUCUCUUUCUCUAUUCUUUUUUUCCCUGCUAAUGCCCAGAGAGUCUCUCUCUCUCUCUCCUUCCAGACGCCCGAUGGAUUGCAACCCCGUCUUCUGGACCCAUUGCCGAAUCUCGCCACUUCGGGCAGUGACGACUGUGAUUAUGCAACGGACGAAGUGAUGGGAAGAUUCGCCGCGGUCUCACGACUGCCGCACAAUUGUGACCACGAAAUCAGUCUCUCGCUGAGCGUCGGCGCGUUGAGGUGUGCUCGAUAUUUUCACCAUCAGACACACCAUUAGUCACACCACCUUUUUUCCUAUACAAUCUCUUCCCCACUUCAAUGGUUCAGUGCAGGAGCUUCUGAAGUGUUGUGAUAUCGAGAGAGGUGAGAUUGUGAGUUUUUUGUUUCUUUCCUGGUGUGUGAUUUGUGGGGUGUGCGGAGGAACAGCCUGGGAAGAUGGGCUACGAUGAGGUUUUGCCCCACUUGGGCUCUUUCGGUCCGUAUCAGCGUCGAAUAUUCUUCCUCGUGUGCUUGCCGGCUAUCUCGUGUGCCUUUCACAAGCUCGCGGGGGUGUUCUUGCUGGCGAAGCCCGAUUAUCGAUGUCUCAUGCCAUUCGAGGCCAGCAAUGCCACAUUCGCCACGAGUCCAGACUUCCUCUACAACAUGUCCUAUCCGUGGGACGCGCUCAACAAUAAGUGGAGCACGUGUGAGCGUCUCGAGACAGAUUUCACGGCUGAGUACUUUGACUCUGGGCGACCGGCUAACACCACCGUGAGCUGCCAGAAGUGGGCGUACGACGAUAGCAAGUACGAGAGCAGCACAGUCACCGAGUGGGACAUGGUGUGCACCAAAUCCUGGCUCACAGCAACUUCAGACUCCCUCUUCAUGGUGGGUGUGUUGCUGGGGAGCAUAAUCUUCGGCCACAUGUCUGACAAGAUGGGAAGGAAGCCCAUCUUCUUCGCCUCCCUCGUGAUUCAGGUGGUGUUUGGCGUGCUGGCGGGAAUUGCGCCAGAGUACAUCACCUACACAAUCUCCAGGAUAGUCGUGGGAGCGACCACGUCUGGGGUGUUCCUCGUGGCCUACGUGCUGGCCAUGGAGAUGGUAGGGCCGACGUGGCGCCUCUUCGCCGGCACUAUCAUGAUGAUGUUCUUCUCCCUGGGAUACAUGCUCACGGCCGCUUUUGCGUACUUCUUUCCCGGCUGGAGAGCACUGCAGAUUGCCCUCACGCUGCCCGGUGUGCUCUUCCUCUGCUACUGGUGGUUCAUUCCCGAAUCCGCACGCUGGUUGCUGUCGAAGAAGCGCAAACAGGAGGCAAUUGACACCAUCCAGAAGGCGGCAAUCGAGAAUAAAGUCACCAUUCCCACUGAAGUGCUGGACAAUCUGAUUGAGCCGGAGAAGAAGGAGGAUAUGGACAAGCCAGCACCGUCACUCUUUGACCUGUUCAGGUAUCCGAACCUGAGGAAGAAGUCGCUGCUCAUCUUCUUCGACUGGUUCGUCAACAGUGGCACAUACUAUGGACUGUCGUGGAACACGAAUAAUCUCGGUGGCAAUGAUCUGCUCAACUUCGUCAUAUCUGGAGCUGUGGAGAUCCCAGCGUACUGCUUUCUGCUGCUCACGCUGAAUCGCUGGGGCAGGAAGACCAUCCUCUGUGGCUGCAUGCUCAUGGCGGGCACCAUGCUGUUGCUCACGAUGGCCGUGCCAGACACGCAGAAUUGGCUGAUUGUGCUGCUGGCGAUGCUGGGCAAGCUGGCCAUCACGGCCAGCUACGGCACAAUCUACAUCUUCUCGGCCGAGCAAUUCCCCACGGUGAUCAGGAAUGUGGGCAUCGGCGCUGCGUCGAUGUUCGCACGAGUGGGUGGCAUUUUGGCACCGUACUUCAAUCUCUUGGGGGACAUUUGGAAGCCCUUCCCGCUCAUCAUCUUCGGCGCAAUGGCCUUCGCUGGCGGAUUGCUGUCGCUCUUCCUCCCUGAGACGCUCAAUCGCACGCUGCCGGACACAAUUGCGGACGGCGAGCGGUUUGGGAAGAAGGACUUGGUGGAGGGCACGGCGGAAGAGAUGGUGGAACUGAAGGCGGACACAAAUGGCGACGUGAAGAAGACCGAGGAGGCGUAGAGAGCAUCUGAUAAGCAAAGAUAUCGUAUCACCAAGACGACAGUCUGGCCACUUGUUCUUGGGACUUUGACUCCUGCGUGACGUGGCACAUCUGGCGUCAUCGUUUGCAUGCCUUCUUGCGCGCGCACUCGCCAAUUUCACCCCGCGUCCAUCAUCGCGCGCGUAGCUCGAGCACGUGGCCGGUGGUGUGACUCGUAACAGACAAGUAGUAGCGCAUGCGACUUAUUCAGCUACUUAAUUUCCCUCCCAGAACAAUUCCAUUUAAAUAUUGCACAACUUUUCAUUCAUGUCUGCAGCAGACAACGAUCACUACUUAGGGCUAUGAUUCGUGUGUUUUUUUCUCCUAUUUAUUUCAGCUGCUAUUUUGCUCUAUUUUGGCGCUUUUUACUGUUUUUUAUAUAUAUAUGGUAUAAAUAGACGGUUUUUGUCCAACCAAUCUCUGAUGGUGGCGAAUGCGUAAAGAGAAGUUGACAAAUAUGAGUAUUAAAACUAUUUUAAUUAUAUGUAGAGACUUAAUUAGGUCGUUAAGUGUUUUUAGAUCGCAUCCCGGACUUGAGAUGCCUCUUUUCUAUACAUGUACUACUUGUGUAAGAAUCUUAAUCAACCAGAUGUAC